GAUUCUCAAAUCGCAAAACAGAAUUGCAGCGCCAAAGGCUGCUUCGCACGGCUGCACAACGCCGCCUCAAGCCUUCGCCAUUACCGGAGAGAACGUCAGCCACCGAAUUCCGUUCCGGCACUCAGCCCAGCCACACUUCUCCGACGUUGCUGCACCGCUCAACCCACCGCUCAGCACUCAAAGCAGCUCGGGUCCUCCGUCAGCCACCGCGCCAGCCCACGGAGGAUCGUACAGCACCUCCUCACAGCGUUACCACGAGCGCCCACUUCGUUUUCGAUCACCAUUUAGCACAGGGGCUCUUAAUACAAGAUGGGCUAUGAGUCAGGUAGCCCUUCCCAAGAUGGAAGGGAUGAAGAUGAUGAAGAAGAAUACGAGGAGGGUGGCGGAGGUAAUCGAUUUUUGGGAUUUAUGUUUGGAAACGUUGAUAACUCCGGUGAUCUUGAUGUUGAUUACCUUGAUGAGGAUGCGAAGGAGCAUCUUGCUGCACUAGCUGACAAGCUUGGUCCCUCCCUGACUGAUAUUGAUUUGUCAGUAAAAUCACCACGAACACCAGCUGAUGCUGCUGAAGAAGAUUAUGAUGAGAAGGCUGAAGAUGCAGUUGAUUAUGAAGAUAUUGAUGAGCAAUAUGAGGGUCCAGAGAUUCAAGCUGCUACUGAGGAGGACCAUUUGUUGUCCAAAAAGGAGUACUUUUCCGCUGAAGUUUCUUUUGGCACUUUGAAGCCCAUGUCUGUGUUUGAUGAUGAAAAUUAUGAUGAGGAACUUGAACAAGAAGAUGAGAGGGUGGAUAAUAAUCUUCAAGUUCAAACAAUAUCUUUAACAGGUGAGCAGGCUGAAUAUCCUAUGUUGGUUUCUGAAAGUGAGAAAUCUCUUGAGAAUGAUCUACAAGUUGGCUCUCUAGAUGAUGAAAAUUUGGAUGUCGAUGUAGAAGAAUUUCAGCAGGAAGCACCUCAGAAUCAAGAAGAGACUUUAGAUGAGAAAGGCUCAGCACCACUGCCUGUUUUGUGUAUCGAGAAUGGAAUGGUGAUCUUACGGUUCUCUGAAAUUUUUGGUAUUCAUGAGCCCUUGAAGAAGGGGGAGAAGAGAGACCAUAGGUAUUCCAUUCCCAAAGAUAGGCAUAAAUCUAUGGACGUUUCUUAUAUUGUUGAAGAGGAUGAGGAGGCAUUUCUAAAGGAUGCUGGUCAAGGUUAUUCAUUUAUGAAACAGGCACAUGUAAUUGGACAUGAUGAUUCAGUUCUUUAUGAUGAUGAUCGAGAGGAGGCAACAUUUGGUGUUCACCAAGGGGAUGCCUCAUUGGCCUCAGGAGCUGAUGGGCAAAAAAAGGACUCCUGUCUCAGUGCAGAACCAAUGAAAAAGGGUGUAGUGGGAAAUGUUUCCGCUGGGGUGCAGUCACCACAAUGUCUUGGAUUUUACCCUCUUGAUCAGCAAGACUGGGAAGAGGGAAUUCUCUGGGAUAGUUCUCCUGUUGCGAGUGAUAAUUCUGUUGAGAGUAGUGAAAUUUCUGGACCUGAUUUGGAAGCUUCAGUUGUUAGUGAAACGGAACUACAGACAGGGCCACAAAAUUCUUUGUCAGAGCCCCAAGUGGACCCAGAUGAGAAUGAUCAUCGCCAUUUACUUUGUAGCUCUCCUAAUUUAUUGGAGCCGAUGGGUUCAAGGAAUUCUUCAGGACAUACAGACCUUCCAUUCUCAUCAAGCAGUUAUCAUCCUCAACUGUUGAGGUUAGAAUCCCGCCUAGAAGUGGAUGUUCCUAACAAUGCAGAUGGUAGAAAGGAGAAUGCUGGCGAGGUGCUUCACCAAAGUGAUGAUUUAUGGCGUUUUAGGAAACUCACAUCUCAAUACAGAGAUAUGUUGGAAGAAUCUUGGUUAGACAAAAUAAUAUGGGAGACAGAUAGGCCCAUUGAGAAACCAAAGCUAAUCCUUGAUCUUCAAGAUGAGCAAAUGCUUUUCGAAAUUUUUGAUUGCAAGGAUGAUAAACAUGUUGGGCUUCAUGCAGGGGCUAUGAUAAUAACUCAUUCCAUAAAGUCGAGGAAUGGGGAUUCUUGUGAGCAACCUGGUCAUGGAGGCCAAUCUGGUUGGCGAUAUGUUGCUAAUGACAAACACUAUUCAAACAGGAAAACUUCUCAGAAAAUCAAAUCAAAUUCCGAAAAACGAAUGGCUCAUGGUGUCAAAGUUUUUCAUUCACAAACUGCACUUAUGCUGCAGACGAUGAAGCUAAAGUUGAGCAACAAAGAACUAGCCAAUUUUCAUCGACCAAAAGCUCUGUGGUAUCCCCACGACAAUGAGGUGGCUGUCAAAGAACAACGGAAGUUGCCUGUCCGAGGACCUAUGAAAAUUAUAGUGAAGAGCUUGGGAGGCAAAGGAAGCAAACUUCAUGUUGAUGCUGAGGAAACUGUUUCUUCUGUUAAAGCAAAAGCUUCCAAAAAGCUAGAUUUCAAGCUCUCUGAAACGGUAAAGUUAUAUUACUUGGGGAAGGCGCUUGAAGACCAUGGAUCUCUUACUUCGCAAAAUGUUCUACCAAAUUCCUUGCUUCAUCUUGUUCGUACAAAAAUAUAUUUGCUGCCGAGGGCACAAAAGCUUCCUGGUGAGAAUAAAUCUUUGCGCCCUCCUGGGGCAUUCAAGAAGAAAUCGGAUCUUUCAGUGAAAGACGGUCAUGUCUUCCUAAUGGAGUAUUGUGAGGAAAGACCUUUACUGUUGGGCAAUGCUGGGAUGGGUGCAAGACUUUGCACUUAUUAUCAAAAAUCUGCCGCAGAUGAUAUAAGUGGCUCCUUGUUGCGGAAUGGAAACAGUAGCUUGGGGCAUGUCAUUGUGCUAGACCCUGCUGAUAAAUCCCCUUUCCUUGGAGACAUAAAAGCUGGUUGUAGUCAGUCAUCUCUUGAAACAAACAUGUAUAGAGCACCCAUAUUUAACCAUAAGGUGGCGUCAACUGACUAUUUAUUGGUUCGUUCUGCGAAGGGAAAGCUUUCCAUUAGGCGCAUUGACAGGAUUGACGUUGUCGGACAACAGGAGCCUCUCAUGGAGGUGAUGUCUCCUGGAUCAAAGGCCCUUCAGACUUAUAUGGGAAACAGGCUACUGGUAUACAUGGCCCGUGAGUUUCGUAAUUUCGAAAAGCGUCAUUUGCUCCCUCGCAUUCGUGCAGAUGAGUUGCCUGGACAGUUUCCUUACCUAUCUGAAGCCAUUAUCCGGAAGAAAUUGAGGGAACAUGCUAAUUUGCAGAAAGGACCAAAUGGUCAGUGGAUUUGGGUUAAGAAGCGCAAUUUCCGCAUUUGGUCAGAGGAUGAAUUGAGAGAAAAGGUGAAACCGGAAGAUGUUUGUGCCUACGAAAGCAUGCAAGCUGGUAUCUACCGGCUCAAACAUUUGGGUAUUUCUGCGACAUUGCCUAAUUCUAUUUCAUCUGCAAUGAGUCGGCUCCCUGAUGAAGCUAUAGUUCUGGCUGCUGCAUCACACAUUGAGAGGGAGCUGCAGAUAACUCCAUGGAACUUGAGUAGCAAUUUUUUUACCUGUGUUAUUCAGGGCAAAGAAAAUAUUGAGCGUUUGGAAAUUACUGGUGUCGGUGAUCCGUCUGGUCGGGGCCUAGGUUUCAGCUAUGUCCGGACUGUUCCAAAGGCACCAAUGUCAAGUGCAAUGAUGAAGAAGAAAAUAACUGCUGGACGAGGAGGGCCCACAGUUACCGGAACAGAUGCUGAUCUUCGUAGAUUGAGCAUGGAGGCUGCACGUGAGGUUCUUCUAAAGUUCGAUGUUUCUGAGGAAGAGAUUGCAAAAUUGACUAGGUGGCAUCGGAUUGCUAUGAUACGCAAGCUUUCAAGUGAGCAAGCUGCAUCUGGGGUACAGAUUGAUCCCACUACUAUCAGCAAAUAUGCACGUGGCCAGCGAAUGUCCUUUCUUCAACUGCAGCAGCAGACAAGAGAGAAGUGUCAGGAAAUUUGGGAGCGACAAGUUCAGAGUCUUUCUGUGUUAGAUCGUGAAAAUGAGAGCGACUCUGAGGGAAACAGUGAUCUGGAUUCCUUUGCUGGGGAUUUAGAGAAUCUUCUUGAUGCAGAGGAAUGUGAAGAAGAAGUGGGGAACUAUGAAUCCAACUAUGACAAAGUAGAUGGUGUUAAGGGCCUUAAAAUGAGAAGACGCCCAUCCUCAGCACAGGCAGAAGAGGAGAAGGAAGAUGACGCAGCUGAAGCAGCUGAAUUGUGCAAGUUACUCAUGGACGAUGCUGAUGCUGAGAGGAGGAAGAAGAAAAAGAUGAGAGUUGUGAGGGAGGAAGCAGGGCUGCCUCUGGGCUCGCAACCAAAUUUUGCUUUCCAGAAUACAGAUCGGAUGAAGCAAAUUGCUGGUAUUGCCCAACCUGAUGGUUCCUAUACUUCAAAGGAGAAUUUCAAUAAUGACGUGAAGGAGGUUGAAAAUGUUCUCAUGAAAAGAAGCAAGUAUGGAAAGGUGAAUGCAAUUAAAAAGAAUGACAUCGCAAAUAUAGGUCUAGUCAGUAAGAAACUCAAAAUAUCGGGAGAUAAAGUAAAGGUUUUUAAAGAGAAGAAGUCAGCAAGAGAAAGCUUUGUCUGUGGGGCGUGUGGUCAGCUUGGACAUAUGAGGACAAACAAGAACUGCCCCAAAUAUGGAGAAGAUCUCGAAGCACACCUUGAAACUGCUGAUCUGGAAAAGGCAUCUAUAAAAUUGAAAUCCCUGGAUCCCUCUAGUCAAUCCCAGCAGAAAACUCAGACAAAGAAGCUCAUUCCAAAAAGUGCGACCAAAAUUGUUGUUGUUGAAGCUUCUGAGGGUGAAAAAUCUAGUUUGAAGGCAAAAGUUCUUCCAGUGAAGUUUAAAUGUGGCUCAGUUGACAAAGUAUCUGAUAAUGUUUCGGUUGAAGUGGCACCGAGUUCAGACCAGCCAAUCACUUCCAAUUCUGAUACUGGGAAGUCCAUUGUCAAGGUUAAUAAAAUAGUAAUUCCCAACAAGACAAAACCUGAAGAUACAGAGACCCCUAAACCCUCUAUUGUAAUACGACCGCCAACAAAUACAGCGAAAGAUCAGCCAGAAUCUCAUAAACGCUCUAUCGUGAUACGGCCACAAACUGAAACAGAUAGAGAGCAGCCUCAGAAGAAAAUCAUAAUCAAACGGCCAAAAGAGAUUAUUGAUGUGGACCAGGUCAGUCAGGAUGGAAGCACUGGCGUUGAGUAUAGGAAAACUAAAAGAAUAGUUGAAUUGUCCAACAUUGAGAAGCAUAGGAAGCAGGAUAAUAAGUAUUUGGCUCAGGAAUCAGCAAAAAGGAAGGCUAGAGAGGAUAGAAGAUGGUGGGAAGAGCAAGAGAAGCAGAGAAAUGAAGAGAGACAGAGAGAAGAGAGGGAAAGAAGGCUUUACGAGGAUGAAAUGAGGAUGCUAGAAGAGCAAGAAAAGUUAGCUGAGAUCAAGAGAUAUGAAGCGUCAAUUAGACGAGAGAGGGAGGAAGAAGAAAGACAGAAAGCAAAGAAGAAGAAAAAGAAGAAGAAAAGGUCUGAAAUAAAAGAGGAGUAUAUAGAGGACCCCAGAACAAGAAGUGAUAAAAGGAAGCCAGAGAGAGACCGGAGUACAAAAAGGAGGCCUGUUGUUGAGUUGGGAAGGUAUGGUGCAGAGUAUGCCCCACCAACAAAGCGUCGUAGAGGAGGAGAGGUUGGUUUGGCAAACAUCUUGGAGCGCAUAGUGGAGGCCCUGAAAGACAGGUACGAGGUAUCAUAUCUUUUCUUAAAACCAGUAUCCAAAAAGGAAGCUCCUGACUACUACGACAUCAUACAACACCCCAUGGAUCUGUCCACAGUCAAGGAGAAGGUCAGGAAGUUGCAUUACCGGAGCCGAGAGGAUUUCCGGCACGAUGUUUGGCAGAUCACAUAUAAUGCCCACAUAUACAACGACGGCCGCAAUCCCGGAAUUCCCCCUCUUGCUGAUCAGCUUUUGGAGCUUUGUGAUUAUUUGUUAAUGGAGAAUGAUGAAAGUUUAACCGAAGCCGAAGCUGGUAUAGAUUGAAGGGAUUUGGCACACACUGAUGCUAGGUUAGAUCAAUUAUUUCGCCCGAAGGCCCCCCCGGCUUUGGUGGAGCAAUUUUUUUCUAUUGUUUGGGGGGUUUUCAUAGUUAGUGGAUAUGCCUUAAUUGCAUCCAUCAUAGGGAAAAUAUUUUGGAAAAAAAAAAAAAAAAAAAAAGGAACAAGAAAAAAACACUUGCUUCCCUUGUACAUAUUUGUAUAUAUAAAAGUUCAAUUUGUUAAUCAA